CUAUAAGUCAGUAAACCUUCCUUUCCCUCACUUCCCUUCUUCUGGAUAUACAAAUUAAGACUAGUAUUCUCAGCUUCUUCCUCUUUCCCUUCACCGAUGGCACCUACAGUGACUUCAGUGGACGCAUCUGAACCCAAGGUAGCAAGCAUCAAAACCCUGGCCGACUCAGAUGCUCUCACUUAUGUACCUUCCGAGUACGCCUACACCAUGGAUCCCAACGACAAGGGAGAUGAGAACGACCCAGAACACUCAAUCCCCAUCAUUGAUUUUGCUCUUCUCACCUCUGCCUCCCCUGAUGAACGGGCACAAAUGAUCCAAAAAAUAGGCAAAGCUUGCGAAGAAUGGGGCUUCUUUCAGGUGAUUAAUCACGGUGUACCCGAAAGCCUGAUGAAAGAAAUGAUCGACGCGUGUCGAAGAUUUUUUGAGCUGCCGGAGGAGGAGAAGAAGGAGUUCCAAACAAGGAACCUGCUGGACCCAAUUAAGUGCGGCACCAGUUUCAACGUCGCAAUUGACAAAGUUCGUCUCUGGAGGGAUUAUCUCAAGGUCAUAGCACACCCUGAGUUCAACUCACUCUACAAACCUGCUGGAUACAGCGAGGUGUCAUUGGAGUUCAGUAAAAGAACCCAUGCAGUGGCAACCGAAAUAUUGAAUGGAAUAUCGGAGAGCUUGGGAUUGGAGGCCGAUUACAUUGCGAAGGCCAUGAACUGGGAUCGCGGCUUGCAAAUUCUGGCCGCGAACUACUACCCGGCUUGCCCACAGCCGGACCUGGCUAUCGGUAUUCCUCCUCAUACCGAUCACGGACUGGUGACACUCUUGAUUCAGAAUGAUAUGUGUGGCCUCGAAGUCAAGCACAAUGAUCAAUGGGUCUUGGUGAAAGCUGCUCCCGGCGCUUUUGUUGUUAACGUUGGCGAUCAAAUGCAGAUUCUGACAAACGACAAGUACAGGAGCGUAUGGCAUCGAGCAACUGUGAACAACACAGCUACGAGGAUAUCGAUCGCAGUACCACAUGGACCGGCACUGGACACACCUGCUCUACCCAUCUCGGAGUUGCUAGAAAAGGAAGGCGAAAAAGCAAAGUACAUUGGAAUGACAUAUGAGAAAUUCAUGGAACUUCAGGCAAGCCCCGCUGCCUACAUGAUGCCUUGCUUGGAUCACCUGCGCGUCAAGGACAAUUGAAGUGGAUACAUGCUGGUGACUGGCCUGCCAGCGUUUCUAGCUCUCUUUUCUUUCUCUAGAAUACCAUACGUUCCUGUAAGAGCUUUGAUUCUCUAUCAAAGUUGUUGUCCAAUGUGUCCAGCUAUGCGGGUAUUUGCCUUGUUUUGGUUACAAAUUCAUAUUAACUGAUGUCUGAUAGCCUAAAGAUUCUUAGCUAGGUAUUAUGUAAAUCAAUGGGAGCUUCUGAUCACACAUCGGACUCGUUUAUGUACCCCAACGAUAUACUGGAGUUUAAUAAGAUUUUAUAUAUGUUUAUAGCUUAA